AUGAACAAAGUUUUGAAAUCUCAUAAACACAACAUCUCCGAUAUAAAUGAACUUCAAACUUCUUUAGACAGUAAAGCCGACAAGAACCAUACACAUAAAUCCUUCACUACUGUUAGAGCAGACGACAUAAUAUUGAACUUUGACCUUGGUUCAAGUGCACCUUUAGAGAAUCCAAGUACAAGCGUAAAAGAUACACUAAACUCCUUAAAUAGUAAAUGUAUGAAUAUCGAAGGUCAUGUCAGAAACUUUGAAACACAUGAACUACCAGCAAUGUUAGAUAAGAAAGCAGAUAAGAACCAUACACAUGAUUUCUUCACAACUGUUGGUAUAGAAAGUAUUGAAGGAACGGUUGAAGGAACUGGUGGGGAUGCAUUAUAUUGGAAACCUCCUAACUUUCCACAAGGUUUAACAUCGGAGGAAAACAUAACGACGAUGAAAUACAUUAGAUGUAGAAAUGUUUAUGUCAUGGAGGAUGAAAAUAAUGUUAAAUUCACUGCUCAAGAUUUAUAUGAUAAGAAAGCCGACAAGAACCAUACACAUAAAUCCUUCACUACUGUUAGAGCAGACGACAUAAUAUUGAACUUUGACCUUGGUUCAAGUGCACCUUUAGAGAAUCCAAGUACAAGCGUAAAAGAUACACUAAACUCCUUAAAUAGUAAAUGUAUGAAUAUCGAAGGUCAUGUCAGAAACUUUGAAACACAUGAACUACCAGCAAUGUUAGACAGUAAAGCCGACAAAACUUAUGUAGAUGAAGAACUAUCAAAGAAAUUUUCGAAACCAGAUACAAUGACAUUUACAACAGAAAUUAUAAAUGGUGAACCAGCAACUCCAUUUGAAUUUGUUAGAGGUCUUCAACCAGAUACUUUUGAAUUUUUCUUGGAUAAUUCUAUUGAACUAACAUUACAUUAUAAAAGUGGAACAAAUGCAACAUUUCAUCCGGGAGAUACAUUCCAAAUGGUAUUUAAUGACAUAAGUUCUUUAGAAUAUGUUUAUAGAGUUAUGAGCAUAUAUGAUUUAAUAUAUCCUAUAGGAGCUGUUUAUACGUCUAUGAAUCCAAUAAAUCCAAACACUUUAUUUGGUGGUAGAUGGUAUGAAAUAGUUGACAGUUUUCCAUUCUACACUAAUACUCAGUCAAUGAAGAUGGGAGGUUCAAAGAAAAUAGGUAUUGAAAACCUUCCUUCACAUAUGCAUAGGUUCAGUGGAAGAACAUCUGUGGAAGGAAACCAUUCACAUUCAAUAACAAAAAGAGGUUAUACAAAUCUUGCAGCGGGUUCGGAUAGACAGGGAAUGCAUAGAUAUGAUAUCACAACUGACCCCAAAGAUGUUAGCACAGGUAUUUUCUGUGGAACUGCAGGAAAUCAUACACAUGUUGUAGCUGGUAUUACAGACCCAGCAG